CAUUGACAACGAAUAAACUAACAUCUUUCUGUUGUCGUGAUACUUUGAGCAUAUACUUGGUAUUUUAAAUAAUUAAUUAUAUUAUAUUUACCUAGAUAUUAAAAUAUGUCUUGCUUGAAAAAGAAACGCAAACCCAUGGUACCAAUAAAAACUUUAGAUAUCAUAUUUAGAAGAAGAUAUGUACCAAAUACCCAACAUUACUUUGCUAACAGGAAACAUGCAACUGUUCCUAAUGAAACAAAGCCAAAGCGAGUUCGGCCUUUUAAAGUACCGCGAUCUGAAAAAUUAUUGUCCUAUAUAAAGUAUAGUGACAGAAAGGAGAAGGUAUGCGCCCGUGAAAGGCUUAAUCAGCCUUUACAUCUAAAAGAUAAUUUAAGAAUCGCUGCUACUAGAGACAUAUCGAAACGACUUUUCGUAGAAGAACCAGAAGAUGAUGUUAGGGCUGUUGUAGAAAUCCAUCCUGAAUUCUACACUGUGAUUGAAGGAAGACCAUUGAGAUGUUUCGAUGAUAUAAAAGUAUAUUUGAAUAAUAUUCGUUCUUACGCUAUGUUUCGUCAACAAAUUGGUUAUCGCCGUGAUUUGGUGCUGAAAAUAGAACAGAGCAUAGUAGAAGAAUCUAGAAUACAUGACCUUAUAGUAGAAGAGCUAAAGGAACAUAUCAAAAACUUUCAAAAAUUUUUAACUGAAGACUACAAAAAAGCUUGUGCAAAAGUUUCGAAAGCAGAAAAGGUUUAUACAGAUCUGGUUGCAAAAAUAAAUGAGUUUCUAGUCUAUGUUUCAAAGAGAACAAUACUAAAUAACAAAGUAUUUAAACUAGAUGCAAUUAGGAAUGUCUUAAAAAUUUAUAGGCGCUAUUUAAUAUUUGUCGCUCCUCUUUCUUGGAGACAAUUAUAUGAUGAAACUUUAAGGGGGAAAGUUCAAUCUAUCCAAUUCGAAAGUGGGACAUUUGCAACUGAUACUGAUGAUGAUUUGGUUGAAACUUUAGAUAUUGAUAAAAUUAUAGACGCAGCCAAAAUAGAGCUUUUAAACCCCUUACCUCCUCAUUUAUUUUUUAAGACGCCCGGACAAACCUUAUCUAUGUUUCGUACAAUGGAAUUACAAAGCAGGGAAUAUUUAACUCAAUUAGCAAAAACUGAUGCACCGUUUCGGUUAUUGCAAGAUCGAAUCAAACAAUUGACAUUGGCAACAAAACAAGAGCUUGAUUAUUUUCAAUUUUAUAUUGAUAGUAUCAAUGAUCAAAUAUCUAGAGAAACUCACAAUGAAACUCAUCUGCAAGAGAAGUUCUUUCGCAUAUUGAAUGACUCAUUUUAUGACAGUGUAGCCAGUUUCGAUACGUUAAAAUUAAAAAUAUGUAUAGAAUAUGUAUAUGAACAAGUUUUUGGGAAAUGUGAAGAGGGGCAUCAGAGUCUUCAAGACCCGAUGAAAAUUUUAGAAGUUAUGUAUGAAGAUUACAAUCUGCGGCUAGAUUCCUUGGAUUUUAAAAUUGUCAAUCAAGCAAAGAGCGACUUCUUUGCGCAAGACUUAAAAAUGUUAAGAAAUGCUUAUGCAGCUCAGCGAGAAUUAAGAGCAUUCAGAGAGAUGACUAACGCUAUGAAUAAGGCAUUCUUGCCCCCUGCAAAAUACACGAGGCCCGUUUUUAAGAAAUUUAUGAGUAUGAAGGACCUUAGAGUUUUAAAAAUUGCUGAAAAGAGAAAAUCGCAAAUUAUAACUGGUAGGAUGAAAAUAAGACCCAGAUUUAAACUGUCGGCAGAAGAGCGAGAAGGCUUACUAAUGUUCACCGAGUGGUGUGAAGGGACAGAUCCAGCACCAUUUUUGAAAGAAUACUACACCUACGUAAAACCCGCAUUUGAUUGGCUACCUCGUAAAUCCAUGAUGUAGGUUCAUUAAUUUAACCAUUGUUACUCUUUUACGGCUGAACAGCUGAUCAAAUUUUAUAAAUUUUUAAAGGCUAUUUCUUCUUAUAAAUUAUCACGGGAGUAAAGC